AUGUUCAAAUACGUAACAGUCUUGUGUGUGCUGGUUGCUGUCUGUGCGGGAGCGCCACAAAACCCUCAGGAUGUUCAGAUUCUUAGAUUCGACAGCGACGUGCAACCCGACGGAUACAGCUUUGCCUACGAAACUAGCGAUGGUACAUCCAGGCAAGAGGAAGGCAAACUUGACAACCCACAAUCUGAAAACGCAGCUCUAACCGUCAAUGGUCAAUAUUCCUACGUAGCUCCCGAUGGUAAGCAUUACACCGUCACCUUCACCGCGGGACCCAACGGAUUCCAACCCAAGACCUCCCUGGGACAGUAA